AUGUGCUACGACCGCUACGUGUCCAUCUGCAAACCCCUGCACUACAGGAUCCUCCUGGGCAGCAGAGCUUGUGCCCACAUGGCAGCAGCUGCCUGGGUCAGUGGCUUUCUCUAUUCACUGCUGCACACGGCCAAUACAUUUUCCCUGCCCCUGUGCCAUGGCAAUGCCCUGAGCCAGUUCUUCUGUGAAAUCCCCCAGAUCCUCAAGCUCUCCUGCUCAAAUUCCCGCCUCAGGGAACUGCGGCUCAUCACAGUUAGUGCCUGCUUGCUGUUUGUUUGUUUUAUGUUCAUUGUUUUCUCCUAUGUGCAGAUCUUCAGGGCUGUGCUGAGGAUCCCCUCUGAGCAGGGACGGCACAAAGCCUUUUCCACCUGCCUCCCUCACCUGGCCGUGGUCUCCCUGUUCCUCAGCACUGGAACAGUUGCUCAUCUGAAGCCCCCCUCCAUGUCCUCCCCAUCCCUGGAUCUGUCCCUGUCUGUUCUGUACUCGGUGGUGCCUCCGAUCAUCAGUGCAGAUAUUGAAAUCCACGCUGGCUGGCUCUGA